CUAAAAGCGCUAACGAGUUCUUGGACUGUUCUAUGUUUCCACGGGGACCAAAUUCUUAAUUUUAAAAUCCCAUUUCAUCAGUUAAAGUAAAUAGGUACUUAGAAUAACUACAGAUUGUUAAUCAGAAAAUAAAGUUUGUAUUUGGCUGCUAAUAGGGAUUUUAGCUUUCUAAAUUCUGGUCUGUGGGGUUUUACAACCCCCAUAGUAGCAUAGUGGUUGGACUUAUGAGAAAAGGGGAAAUCUGUACACCGGAUAAAUUGCAAAUUAUUAUGGUAGCGUUAAUUGAAUUAGUUUACCCAGGGACGCCCCAGAUGUCGUCAUUCCGCUGGGGAAGCCUUUGACUCCGGCGGGCCUCCCUGCGAAGGGGACAUCGCCAAAGGAACAGCCGUGAAGCUGUGGACGGGGGUCCCAGCAGGGGGAGCCCUGAGGUACAGAGUGGAGGGCUCCCAGGGAGCGGCCGCCUCUUGGCCUUUGGACCUGGCAGAAACUGGAGUGCGGUCCAGCCCCGCGCCCCGGUGUCGGCUGCUCUGCCGAGAGCUGAAGCCCCUCCCACUGCCACAGAGCCACACCUCCAAACUGAUUUCCUGUACAAGUUCCACAGAGCUGCCAGUGGCUGAGUCACAAGGGCUGUGUGACAGGGCAGGACCGGUCAGUGAAGAACUGAAGGCCUCACGUCGGACUCGCUGCUUGUGAUGCGCUGACAGCGGGAGGAAGCUGGAACCCGGCGAGGACGAUCCGGACCGCAAGACUCUCCAGUUCCUCUGUGGGCCUCCCAUGCCUGGAGGGCAGAGGGGUCGAUGGCUGACAUGCAGCGCCUUCCCGUGCAUCACGGCGGGAUUGGGGGCGCUGGUGCUGUGGGGAAGUCUGGCCAGCCUGGGCUGGACGGCAGCCCCAGUUCACACCGAAGAAGGUGCAGGGUGGGGGAGCCAGUCAGCUUGGGGGGGUCCAGGGAGCAGCUUCCACUGCCGUCCAUCGCGAUAACGCCAUCGAGCGAUGAGGACACGCCGCGCUCUGUCUGCUCCACGCCCAGCUCCUCGCCCCGCCAAAAGCGCUCGCUCAUACGGCGCUGGCUGAAGGGGAACGACAGGAAGAGGCGCAGCUGCGCCAACAGGCAUCAGAGCGGCCAGCUGAACAGCCAUGAGGACGACAGUCUCCAUCCCCCACUCACCACUCACUUCCUGAGUCCCUUCAUCCGUGAGGAGAGGGCUGACGGGGACAGACUGAGCACUGCCAGUAACUCGAGCCGGAGCUCCCCCGCCUGCUCGCCCAUCCUGCGCAAGCGCUCCCGCUCACCCACCCCCCAGAGCCCCGAGGGCGACGCCAUGGUGGAGAAGAGUACAGAGCAUGCCGCCGACCGCUCGCCCCCCACCGCCGGCCAUACCCUGCAACCCCCACGAUCAGGCAGCGGCGGCAAGAACUCCAAGAAGAGCCAGAGCUGGUACAAUGUCCUGAGCCCCACCUACAAGCAGCGAAAUGAGGACUUCAGGAAACUCUUCAAGCAGCUGCCGGACUCGGAGCGGCUCAUCGUGGAUUACUCCUGCGCUCUACAGAGGGACAUCCUGCUGCAGGGUCGGCUCUACCUGUCUGAGAACUGGAUCUGUUUCUAUAGCAACAUCUUCCGUUGGGAGACGCUGCUGAUGGUCCGUCUGAAGGAAAUCUGCUCCAUGACGAAGGAGAAGACGGCCCGCCUCAUUCCCAAUGCCAUCCAGCUGUGCACCGAGUCCGAAAAGCACUUCUUCACCUCAUUCGGCGCCAGGGAUCGGACCUACAUGAUGAUGUUCAGGCUUUGGCAGAACGCACUGCUGGAGAAGCCCCUUUGUCCCAAAGAGCUGUGGCACUUUGUGCACCAGUGCUAUGGCAACGAAUUGGGCCUCACCAGUGAUGAUGAGGAUUAUGUCCCCCCCGAUGAUGACUUCAACACUAUGGGCUGUUGCCCCCCGCCCUGGUGCAGGUACAACGAGGAGAACGAGGCCAACGACAGCUCGUCCAAGAGCAGCGCCGAGGCGCGGCCGGAGCCUAGCCCCCAGCUGCCCCGCAAGCCCCUCCCCCACGGAGGCGUAAGAAAGCAGCGAGGCCGUCUCACGCCACCUCCAUGUCUGUACCUCCCGUGCCUACAGACGGACCUCCCACCCGCAGAGGAGUACUCAAACUGCCUCACCGACGGAGACCUCCUGGCCGUUCCUUUGCCCAGUGCCAAAGGGGAGGAGUCAGUGGCACCCUCGCCGUCGCUGGACUUCAAUGACAACGAGGACCUCCCCACGGAGCUCAGCGACUCCUCAGAGACGCACGAUGAAGUGGGUGAGGUCCAGGCCUUCCAGGAGGACCUGCCCGGGAAGCUCUAUAUCAAUGAGAUCUACAAGCUCAGCGUGGACAAGAUGCACGGCCUGCUCUUCACAGAAUCCCAGUUCAUGAGGGACUUCCUGGAGCUGCGGAGGUUCUCAGACGUGGUAUACCGGCCGUGGAAGAAGGACGACGAGACGGGGAACCAGACCCGGGAGAUGAUGUACACCAUCGCCCUGAGCAACCCGCUGGCCCCUAAGAGUGCCACCGUCACAGAGACACAGACGUUGUACAAGGCCAGUCAGGAGAGCGAGUGCUACAUCAUCGACGCCGAGGUGAUCGCCCAUGACGUCCCGUAUCACGACUACUUUUACACGCUUAACCGCUACGUCCUGACACGUGUGGCCAAGAACAAGUGCCGACUCAGGGCUUCCACAGAGCUCCGCUACAGAAAGCAGCCCUGGGGCCUCGUCAAGGGCUUCAUCGAGAGAAACUUUUGGAGUGGCCUGGAUGAGUACUUCAGACACCUAGAGCUGGAGCUGAGUAAGAUGGAGGCGGCAAUGACAGAGCCCCCCAGGAACUCCCCCAAGUCUCGCGUGGCCAGGACGGCGAUCUGCCGGCGCCGCAAGCGCACGCUGUCGCACCUGCGCGGCCAGCACCUGGAGGAGGCGCCGUUGAGCCCCGUGAGCACGCCCGAGCACGAGGAGGCCAUCCACCGCAUCCGGCACGUGCAGGGAUCUACUCAGACCCGGCACAUCCCUGAGGAGGUUCCAGGAGGCCUGGCCCUCUACAGCGUCUCCAGGCUGCUGUUGGUUGUCAGUCUUGUCCUUGUUAUUCUGGUGUUCCUCAACAUGAUGCUCUUCUACAAGCUGUGGAUGCUGGAGCGCACAACGCAGAGCCUCGCUACCUGGCCAGGCCUGCGACCCCACGAGAGGUACCGGUGUACGUGCUGUCCGGAGGAGCACCACAGCUUGUAUUGUGCUCUCUUACAUCAGGAGUGCUCCUCUCUCACUUUUAUACAGUGUUGGUGCUGUGUCAGUAAAUAUAGGCUUCCACAGACGCAGGCCGAGUGGGCGCAACUGCUUGAGUCACAGCAGCGGUAUCAUGACGACGAGCUGCAGAAGUGGAGAGAGAUCCUGCGGUCCUCGGUGCUGCUCCUGGAUCAGAUGAAGAAGUCACUGCUGAACCUCCAGAAGGGCAUCAUCCUGAGGGAUUACAGCUCUGAGCCGGAGGAAAGCGCGGGGUCGUACCACUAACCCCAGGAGUGCACCCUGCUGACCUUUGACCUCUGACAGGCAGGAGGCUGGAGCAGCGUCUCGGCUGGGCGGACCCUCCCAGACAGCAGAGCUGCUCUGCUUGGCCCAAGUCAUCCGCUUGUCUCCUUUUUAGAGACGUGCUGUGAGGUUUUUGCCAUGCCUCCUCCCAGUGAAGACCCUCUCCUUCCAAGGAGGGCCUGCUCAUACAGGACUAGGACUGCUUCAGCUCUUCCAGGUAGACCGCCCCCCGGUGGUCAGUGUUGCAGCGUCCCCUUUUUUACCUUGAAAAUCUGGGACCACGCAAGUUAAUUACCACCAAUCAGAAUGCAAACACAGAUCUUGAUGCGGGUUUCCAUGGAGAUAUAGAUCUGUACUUGUGUAGAUAGGUUUACUGAUUGGGUUUGUAUGGCAUUUGCAGCCAAGCGGAAUCGGGGCUGGUUUCCUCGAUUCCACGUGUGGCCACGACGUGGUGACGCCUUUGUGUUACAAGGUUGGCCGUCCUGCUAUGAAGCAUCCAGGAGCCAAACGAAAGAAUCUCGCCGUUCCCAUGGUAACUGUUUCCAGCGAGAAUCUGGCAAAAGACACCACAUCCGGCGGGAACUCCAUUAGAUCGCAGCGCCCCCCCGGCGGCUGUCCUGGACGCCGCAGUGAUGCUCCUACACUUGGUCUGGGUAGAUUGGAGAGUCACAUGACACAGGUUUGUCGAGCAGGUAUCUGAAAGAGAGCAGCACGUAAUGAUGCAGUCUAAGGUGACCCGUCCAGACGGGCUCUGGAAAGCCGCCCCCCCCCCUCCCCAAUUGUGAAUCAUGGCCACCUCUCUCAUGUUGUCAUCACCGUCUGGGUUCAUUUGUGCUUUUUUCCUUUACGACCGGCUCCCAGAUCAGGACGUGCUGUAGCCUUACAGAUCAAACAGCCAGCACAUAGAAGCAUCAGUGUUACUCUUUCACCUCUGUGAGAGAAUCGAGCAGAUUUUGCUGGAUGAUAAUGUGCUCUGAGACUUUCAAGGUCAGGCUUGGGGUAAUUUAAAGGGAAUCUGCAGAUGAACCGAGUAAGGUGACUGUUAUUCUCCAAGUAUUUCAUUUCAGAAACUGUGAAUAGCUUUAUCGGAAACAUUUACAUAAUAAGAGGAUUAUAUAUGUGAUGCGAUAAUGUACAGAAGACAGCAUCGUGUAUUUUGCGUGUUACUGAGUGUGGCGCACCCGCCAGUCCGUCUUUGUCCGUACUUUUUUUGUUCCCAGUUAUGUGAACGAGUGAAGCCAAACUGCACCCUCUUCAUCAGGACAGUAUUUAAUGUUUUUCGUCACUAGGGGGCAGCAUCACCACACUGGACCUGUCGGUGCACUGCCCCAGCCUGGACAUUAGUAUCUACCUGUUGCUUAGAUUAUUUAUUACGGUGAUGUUCAUUUUCAGCCAGUCACUCAGCCAGAUGUCAUUCCUGUCUUGGAAAAUAGUUGGCAAUUGAAACUGCUGCCAUUUUUAUGAUCACUUUGAACGGCAGCCAGAUUUAAUUGGCCCCUGUCUCCUUACCGGAGCCUCUUCGGCCCCGGAUGUGCUGCUUUUCUGUCCGGUUGACGUAUAUGAGCGCGUUGCAGUUUCGCGACGCGGAGCCGCGCCAAGCAUACGCACGAUGACUGCCCCCUCCACCCCAGGACGUGAACACGAGCAACGUGCUUGAAAUGGCAUGCGAGGCUUGCACUCGUAUAAAGUGAGCCGGGGACAGGAAUGGCCCUUAUUGGGCCCUGACGACGGAGCGGACACCUCCGCUCUGAGGUUAUUUAUGAUCUGGGAGCUGCUUGUGUUCUCGGGGGUCACACAGGCCGCUUUAUGACGCCUCGCUUGUCACGCGCGGCCGAUGCACCUUGAGAGUUGACAUCAGUGCUAAUCAGCAUCGUGUCCCUCGCACAUCCUACUGGAUCAGUCAAUGAGUUCUAUGCAUUUUAUCCUGUGGUAUUUGUUUAUACAAAACGGUCAAAACUACUGUUCUCUGACAGAGGGAAAUGUUAUGUCUAGAUGUUUCUGCAAAAAAAGCUAAACCCCUCCAUUACAAUAAAACAUUCAGUGUCAUCUGAAGCAUCCUGGUUUCAAACCACCCCCAAAAAGAGCAGAACCGCAGCCCUCCUAUAUGCCUGGACACUAAUGAGGGCUAAAUGAAGCUUCUUGAACCGUUUGCUGUAUUGUCUGACACCACUAGAUGGUGCUCUUUGUUUAAAAAAAAAAAAAAGGGCUCAAAGCCAUGCUCUAAAGUAAACCCAAGAGCACCAUCUAGUGGGGUCAGAAAAUGGCUCAUGAAGCUUCAUUUGGCCGUCACUGACGGGACACUCUGGACACGAUCCACACGGCGCACUCUCAUGGGUAUCACGCAGUCUGCGUUUGUGACAGAAAAUGAGGUCGCAAUGGGUUCAAACAUUGAAGGGUAGAUCAAAGAAUGAUGUCAUGGAUUAUUUGAUACCAAAACCUUUAUUUAUUAUUCAUUACCAGCUGAUUGAAAAGAGAUCACCAAAGAAAACCAGGCUGGUCACAGAAACCAGUUUAAUCUACCAAAUCUGUGAAUUCUGGAGUGCCGCAGUUUUAUUCAGCCCCAGGUUGGACAGUAUGAGCAGCAGCCGGCGUGUAUCUGCAGUGUCCUGUAGGACUGAUUCACACCAAACCCACCUUCGCUUACGGGGAGUAUGAUGUUCAGAUUGUUCCAGCAUCAUGAAAUGCCACGUUUUUGUCUCAUGCCCAGAUCUCUGAAGGGAAAGAGUCUUUGCAUCUUUAUAAACAUGCUUCCUGUCUUCCUUGGCUGGCUGCAGCCAUCGUUACGUUUGAUUAACACAGUCAGAGGACAACUGAAGCCUUAGUGUUAUACCUAUGCCAAAAACGCCAUCCAGGAAGCUGUGUGAUCUGUCUGUCCUUCACUAGCAGCUAAUCUUUACGAUGUGUCUGGAAAGAGGUGGGAGGGGCUUCACAGCAGCUCAGCCGACAGUGGUUCUAGUUCCUCACCAGCACUCAUACUUUCCUCUGAUUUGAUUGGCUGCACCCGAGCACCUCCCAGUGCAUGCCAGUUGUACUGUACCGAACUGACAGCAUUCUUUAACUGUAAUAGCAGUUAGUUGUGAUAUGUGACAGUGAUACCUCCUGUCCCCUGUGUGGCGCUGUUACUAAGAUUUGGCCUGUUGCACAUCACACGUGUCGCCAUUGAGUUUUGUUCGUCUUGUGUUUCUUUCACUUGACUCCUCGUCACAUCCAUGUUUACCGUGACACCCACGGCCGCAGUCCAUUUAAAUAUAAACUUGACUUCGGGUUCGAGAAAGUGUAGCUGCCAUGUUACCAAAAUGCCACCUCUCCUUUUAAUGCUUUUCAUUUUUAUUAGUCUAAGGGAAGAACUGAAGGCCAUACAAGACCUCGUGUACAAAGUGCCAGCCAAUGGUAGCCCAGCUUCCAUGCACAUUUACCCCAGUGGGGGUGCCCAGCAAUUCGAAAAGAUCCACUGUCACUAUCCAGUUGAAUCACUGGGAAUCCAAAGAGGAAUGCUCAGAAAUCCCAGUCUGAGCGCCUGCUUUAAUAGAUGUUGCACAUUCUGGGAAGUGUCUCCAUGACGACGUAUUCACGGCCCAACGGUUCCACGCGGUUUGCCAGUGUCCUCCUGUAGGGGGCAUUACAGUCAUCCCAUAGUUUUGGGACACGCGCCCAUAGCCAGUGUCACACCCCAGGUCCAUGCUGCUGAUGCACAUUCUCACGCGCAGACGUCUGUAUGCAGUAUCUACACACAUAAAAGAAAUGGAAUUAUCAAGGAAAUUUAUGGUGAUAUUUUAAGGAAAAUGUACCGCAGGUGUGUCGUGGCAUUAAAUAACUGAUGUGUGUGGGGCGGAUAAAAGAAUGGAAAUGUGUGAUUUUGUUUGUUUUUAGAAGAGUUUUGAUCUAUGUAUGUAUACGAACCUUAAUAUAUUUAUACUAUAUAUUGUAUGUAUAUGCUGUAUAUAUCUACAAAGACAAAUCAGAAUCUGCGCUGUGCGCGGUUUCAUUUCCAUGUAGACAUGGACUCUGAAUCAGCUUUAUGAAAAUGUGAGCUAGAGGCAUAUGAAAUGUAUGAAUAAAGGUACUGAUUAAAGUCCCAUG